GGCGGGGCGUGGCGUGGCGCCUCGGUGUGCGAGCGCUCUGGCCGCGGGAGGGUGAGCUCCUUGUGAGGAGUUGUUACCGGGGAGGGGAGCGACGUCCCGGGCGCUCGGUUAUGGCGGGUAGUGAUACAGAGCGGGAUGGAGUAGCCCCAGAAAAGUCCUCUCCAGAAAGAGAGAAGAAAAAGGAACAAUCAGAUGCCUCUAGUUCUCCCAGAACAUCAAAGCAUCAUUAUUCAAGAUCACGCUCACGGUCAAGGGAAAGAAGACGGAAGUCAGAUGCUGAAGGAAGAAAACACAGAAGCCGGAGCAGAAGCAAAGAGCGUGCUAAUGCGCGAAGAGACUGAACUGAAGACGCUGCAGACUCAGAUAGCAAAAUUAUAAGCCUACUUCAUGAUAAGAACCAACUUCUUCUUAAAACAGGCAAGAAGACAUGAAUCCAAAGAGAAGUCCUCCAAGAAGCACAAAUCUGAAGACCACAAUGACAAAGAACAUUCUUCUGACAAGGGAAGAGAUAGCUUAAAUUCAUCUGAAAAUGGUGAGGAUAGACAUAAACGCAAAGAGAGAAGAUCAUCAAGAGGGAGGAGUCAUUCAAGAUCCAGGUCUCGUGAAAGACGUCAUCGUAGUAGAAGUCGUGAUAGGAAAAAAUCCCGAUCUCGCAGCAGAGAGAGAAAACGACGUAUAAGAUCUCGUUCUAGAUCAAGAUCUAGACACAGACAUAGAAGUAGAAGUAAAAGCAGAACUAGGAGUAGAAGCAGAGAGCGAAAGAAAAGAAUUGAAAAGCCCCGAAGGUUCAGCAGGAGUCAUAGCCGGAGUCCGAGUCCACCACCUUUUCGGGGACGAAAUACAGCAAUGGAUGCACAGGAAGCAUUAGCCAGAAGACUGGAAAGAGCAAAGAAACUGCAAGAGCAAAGAGAGAAAGAAAUGGUUGAAAAACAGAAGCAACAGGAAAUGGCUGCAGCGGCUGCAGCCACUGGAGGUUCCGUUAUUAAUGUUGCUGCCCUUCUGGCAUCGGGAACACAAGUAACUCCUCAAAUAGCAAUGGCAGCUCAGAUGGCAGCACUGCAAGCAAAAGCACUAGCAGAGACUGGAAUAGCUGUACCUAGCUAUUACAACCCAGCAGCAGUGAAUCCAAUGAAAUUUGCUGAGCAAGAGAAAAAGCGGAAGAUGCUUUGGCAAGGCAAAAAGGAAGGGGAUAAAUCACAGUCUGCAGAAAUAUGGGAAAAAUUAAAUUUUGGAAACAAGGACCAAAAUGUCAAAUUCAGAAAACUCAUGGGCAUUAAGAGUGAGGAUGAAGCUGGCUGUAGUUCUGUUGAUGAAGAGAGUUACAAAACGCUGAAACAACAGGAGGAGGUUUUCAGAAAUCUAGAUGCACAGUAUGAAAUGGCGAGAUCACAGACUCAUACGCAAAGAGGAAUGGGAUUGGGGUUUACAUCUUCAAUGCGAGGAAUGGAUACUGUUUGAAAAAAAAAAAAAAGUUUUAAAGUUUGGGACUAUGGAAGGUUCUUGUUCAAAUGUUGGGUCCUUGUUCACCAAAAAGCUAGCAUUCUAGCUUGCAUGGGUGUUGCAUUGACUUUAAUUUAUUGAAAAAUACAAUUUUUUUGUAAAUAUCAGAUCAGUGAUACUGGUGUUAGUGUUGUAAUCAGGUUAUACCCACUUCCAUUAAACUUGACAGAACUAUAGAAGGACAGUAUUUUUUAGUUAAAGUUCUACUUUUCAAACCAAGCAGCAGAUGGGAGAAACUCAUACAUGGAUAUUUCGUGUCCACUGUCUUGUGUACUUUUGUACUUUAACCUUGUACAGUUAUUUCCAAUUCUUGAAACAUGAAAGAAAUAUUGUGUAGAUGUUAUUUAGCAGUCUGGGCCGAUAGGCACAUAAUCCAGUGCAAAAAACCUGGUUAAUAAUAAAGACUUUUUUUCUCUAA